UAUUGUAAAUUUUGAAAAAAAAACACGAAAAUACUGUUUUACAAGUAUUUGCGGUAAAAACGUUAAAUAUAGUGAAAAUUGUAAUAUAAUCUCAAAUAAAGAUUUUUCUUUGUUUAUUUUAUGAUUUAAAUUUAAUAUUGUUACUUUUUUUUGUAUUUAUAGAUCUCGUUUUGUUUUACUGUAAUAUUAUAUAUUACUGUCUAUUUUUUUUUAAUAUAUAUUUAAUGUGAUAAUUAUUUACACAAUAAACAUAAAUUAUACCAAUAGUAAUAAUUUUAUAUUAACAUGUAUAGUACAAUAUUUUUAUUAUUAUAUAUUGACUGAAAUAAUUGUGUUAUAUAUCGAACCUCCAACGAAAAGGGUCGUAUCUCCAUUUUUAACGUUUUUGAGUUACGACUAGUGAUGUGAAAAAAAAAUCGAUUUUUCAAAGAAUCGAUUUUUUCAAAUUGAAAAAUCGAUUUUUUGGACCGAUUCUUGGAUGGACCGAUUCAAUUCGAUUCGAUUCGAUUUGAUAAGAAUCGGAAAUUUUUUUUCCCCGUUUAUCGUUACUGGUGACUGCUGAUUAGGUUAGGUUACAUUCCUAUAUAAUUUUGCCAGCCGCCGUGCAUAUUUGGCCCGAGAAGUAGGCUCCCCUGCAUAAGAGAAGUUGGCCCCCCUGCAUAAUUAUCCAACUUCCAGCUACUUGUAUCUUACUAUCUUGUCUAAUGUCUAAUCUCUAAUCAGUCUAAUGUCUAUGUCAAUUUCCAUUCCAUUUUCCAUUCCAUUUUUCGUUCUCGUAAGUCGAAGUUUAGUGUAUCUCGUAGAGUCGAAAUUCGGUCUGUCGAAUUCACUUUUUACCCACGUUAAUCUGUUCGAGUUCGAUCCGUAUUGUGUACUUUAUAGUUAAUAUUUUAUAUUACUAUAAUUUUAAUUUUUAAUUGCGUUCCGCAUUCACGUUGUACGCAACCUGUACGUUGCUAAACAGUUGUUUAUUUUAAUAAUUUUUUAUAAAAUAAAAUCUGUUGACCACGUGAACACGUGAUAUGUCGUCAAAACACUCAAAACAAUCAACUCCAAGAAGCUCCAUUUGGGGCUACUUCACAAAAACUUCAGAUCCCGAGGUCGUGACUUGUAAAAUCUGUUAUGCUCCCGUGAGACCAUGUGGCAACACCACCAACAUUCGCAACCACAUAAAGCGUAACCACGGUUCAAUGAAGAUUGCCGAGGAUGCAGCAGCUGCUGCCCCAAAGAACAAGGUUCCACGAAAGUCUUUUGCUUCAACUAGUUCAACUAGUUCAACAAAAAACUGUGAUGAGUGUGAUGAUGAUGUUGACGACCCAGCAGCAUAUUUAGGCGAUUUAGCUCAAACCAUUGUAAAUAAGGUAAAAUAAUAAAAUGCAUAAUUACUAAUAAUGUGCUUAAAGUUUAAACCAAUUUUUUUUUAAUAUAGGCUCAAGUAUCGCAAAGUAAAUUAAAAUUUGAUGCUGUUGAACCUUCAACCAGUUCAUCAUCAUCUGGCAUCGUUGAUAACGAUUCAUGGUCAUUCCGUAGUAAAUCCGUUACAUCAUCAAUUGGAUGUGGAUCAUCCAGUAGUCAGUCGGUGUGCUUAAAGCAACGUACGAUGUUUGAGUCGUUUGCAGACAUCAAAUCAUAUGACAGUAAGAGUUAAUUUUUUAAUUCAUAACUAUAAAAGUAUAACAAAUGGUCUAAAUUGUUUUAGAAGGAGGAUCUAAGACACGUUCAAUAACCAACGCGCUGGUCUUCAUGCUGGCAAAGGACAACAUGCCGUUAAAUACAACCGAGAAAGAAGGAUUUAUUCAUUUUAUGAAAAAAGCGGCACCCAUGUACAAAAUUCCCUCUAGGACGACAAUAACAAAUUUAAUUAAAACGAAAUAUGAAGUAUUAUCAGGGUUAGUGAAAACUAAACUUAGUCAAAUUGAAUUUUUAACGAUUACCACAGAUAUAUGGACAGAUACUGUUAAUACUAAAAGUUAUUUGGGUAUGACUGUUCAUUUUUUAAAUAUUUCUAAUGUUGCGCUAGAUAGUGUGACGAUAGGUGUAAUGGAGCUUUCCGCCAGCCACACUGCAAAUAAUAUAUCCAUGUGGUUUGAGCAACUUAUUGAGGAGUGGGGUAUCAAAAAAAAACAGGUUGUAACUGUUGUCACAGAUAAUGGGUCCAAUAUUUUAUCUGCAGUUAAAAAAACCUUUUCACAAGAAAAGCAUUUGCCGUGUUUUGCCCACACGUUAAACUUAGUGUCUGAGCGGGCAUUGGAAAAUCUCUCUGAUGUACAAGUUCUUAUAAAUAAAAUAAAAUCUGUUGUGACUUAUUUCAAACAUUCGGUAGCUGCUAGUGAUGAACUUAAAAAAUUAUGUAAUUAUAAGCUGAAGCAGUCUGUCCCCACUCGUUGGAACUCUAUCUAUUACAUGAUAGAAAGAUUUAUCUUAUGUUCUAAUUAUAUAGCUUCUGUAUUGAUUAACAUGCGUGGGGGUCCUACAAUGGUAACAGCUGAUGAAAUUGAUUUGGCAAGAGAAAUGUUAUCAGUGUUGAGGCCAAUGGAAGUGGCAAUAAAAGAGUUGUGUGGCCAGAAAUAUGUGACUGGUAGCAAAGUAAUACCAUUAAUUAAUUGUCUCAUUAAAAAAAUGAGAGUAUAAAUUUAUCGAAUCCAAUUGCUUUAACACUAAAGCAGGCCAUGUUAGACAAUUUAUAUAAACGUUUUGGUAGGAUGGAGGAAAUAAGUUUGUUAAGUGUUGCCACUAUCCUUGAUCCCAGAUUUAAAACAAUUCAUUUAAACAAUCCUAACUCUAGUGCAAGGGCUAUUAGGUUGAUUAAAAAUAAAAUUACUGAGAUCAAAAAUAGUUCUGAUGAUACUAACUCCUCCUCAUGCCAUGGCUCUAGUGAUGAUGAUGGUGAUCGGCAUGAUAGUUUGUGGUCAGUUCACACAGAGCUGGUUACAAAAAAAGCUGCAGCAAAAACUUCUGAACAGUCUGAAGAGCGUAUUCCCACAGACCUUAAGCAUUAUUUGAGCCAACCCACGAUAAACUUAGGUGAAGAUAUCCUCAAAUAUUGGGACCAAAAUGGUAGUAUGUACCCUUACCUAAAAAAAAAUUGUACUCCCCUAUUUAUCUGUUGUUGCAACUUCCGUCCCUUCAGAACGUUUAUUUUCGAAGGCUGG